AGUCAUCAAAAACUUGUCAAGGUGAAGGUGGCUUGGUUUUAAAAAUGGAGGGAAACUUUACGAGCCAAGGCCAAAAGUUGAGGACUAGAGUAAUAUUUUACGCAUUUUAGUAAACCUCCUAAAGAGGGGAAAUUCCCUUAUUCCCUCUCUCUAAACUACACAGCAGCAACAGAAGCGAAGCUUGAAUGGCUAUGGUGGGAGACAAGACGAAGAAGAAAUCGACUGCUGUGACUUUGCAACAGUUCAUCUCCAAUAUGACUCCUUUAAUCGAUUUGGAGAAGUUUUCAAAGUAGACAGGGUAGAUGGGCAAAACACUGCUUGAGUUUCAAUCCACCAAAGGAGAUGUUCUUCCUACUCACAAGUUUGGUACCCAUGAUGUAGCUGUAUUAAAACUGAACAAAGCUGAUUCAGAAUCUCCUGCACUUGGGCAAGGUGUAGUUUACCAGCUAAAGGAUUCCUCAAUCACUGUUGCUUUUGAUGACAUCCCAGAAGAAGGUUUGAAUAGUCCCUUGCGUUUAGAAAAAGUGGUCAAUGAGGUGACAUAUUGUAGGAUGAAGGAUGCCUUAAUACAAUUGACUAAAGGUGUACUGAAGGGGCCUGCUGCAGAUCUAGUUCCUGUCUUGUUUGGAGAGAGACUGCUAACAUUUUCAAAGAGGGAUGUUACAUUCUCACCUUUUAACUUUAACCUUGAUCACUCUUGGGUGUUUUCUGGUGCUUUUUUCUUCAAGAAAGAUGGCAUUUCAAAAGCCCUAUCAUCAAAGGAUGUAUUUUUGCUGCAUGGUGCUCCUGGUACUGGGAAAACUACUACAGUAGUGGAAAUUAUCUUACAAGAAGUGAAGGGUGGCUCAAAGAUUCUUGCUUGUGCUGCUUCAAAUAUUGCUGUUGAUAACAUUAUUGAGCGACUUGUUCCCCACAGAGUAAAGUUGGUGAGACUGGGGCAUCCUGCACGUUUACUACCUCAAGUUUUGGACAGUGCACUUGAUGCACAGGUGCUUCGAGGGGAUAAUAGCUCUCUUGCUAAUGACAUCCGGAAGGAAAUUAAGGCUCUUAAUGGGAAGUUAUUGAAAACCAAAGACAGAAAUACGAGGAGAGAUAUCCAGAAAGAGCUUAGGAAUCUUUCCAAAGAAGAGCAGAAAAGGCAGCAGCUAGCUGUGACAGAUGUAAUUAAGGGUGCAGAUGUUUUGUUGACAACUUUGACUGGUGCAUUUUAUCGCAAAGUGGAAAAUAGUUCAUUCAAUUUGGUUAUUAUUGAUGAAGGGUGAAGCUGCUCAGGCACUUGAGAUAGCAUGCUGGAUAGCUAUACUAAAGGUAAUGAUACACUGAAAAUACUUAUAAAUCACUUCUGCCAAACACAAUCACAGGCGCACACAGUCACUUGUUCAAGAUCUGGGUGCAAAUAUUAUUCUCAACCACAUUCACAUGGUUUUUCUUCCUCUCUUAAUAACAUGGUUUGGUGUGGAAACUAUUCUCUUACAUAUAUGCAUUCUCACAUUCUGUUUCGAGUUUAGAAUGGAAAAUUGAAACUAAUUGAACUCCAGUGGAGGAAAAUUGACU